AUGUCGCAGCCAUUUCGUAUCUUUGGGCUAAUGAUGAUGAUCUAUCCAGACUCUCAAGGCUUGCAAGGUAAUGAUGACAGUGAUGGUGAUGAUGAUGACAGUGAAGAAUCAGGGAACUCCUGCCACUCUGAGCUUCCUUCAUCCUUGUGCAAGAGCAGUGACAGCGUAGAUGACAAUCAGACAGAGGAUCUGGAAGAACCCACCCCAUUUUCCCUAAUGCCUGGCCACUCUUACAUGGUAAAACAUAAACAAGUGGGGUUGGCCAAGCAUGCGCUGGAGCUUGAGGAGGAAGAUCAGGAACUUCAGGAACCAUUUUACAAAGACAUGGGAAUGUCUGACAGCUCAGCUGGAGGUGAGGAGCCCAGCCCCACCUAUUGCCUUCCUGGGCAUCAGAGGUUGCCUGCUCCCCAAAAGGCUGGUACAGCACCAAGUGGCUUCCACCACUCCUUCCAGCACAGCUCAGGCCAGCACCUGGGGACAGAGGCCACUGCCAUACAGGCUCAUGCCAGUGACCAUUACGUGGGACACCCAGAGAGCACUACGAGAGCAGAGUCCCACGUGCUGCAUGAGGAGGACAGUGAGUGCCCAUCCCUGCAGCCAACCUACAACUCGCUCUGGAAGGAGAACAGCAGCCUCAGGAGAAUGUUUAACAACUUCCAGAACAACUUGAAGAGACAGGCGUGCAUGGUGGCGAGCCUGCAGGAUCAGCUGGAGACCAGCCAGGCUGAACGAGAGAGGGAAGCCCGAGUGGCCAAGUCCUUAGUCCAGCAGACUGAGAGUCGUCUUCAGCUGAUGAACCAGCGGGCUCUGGAUGCCGAAAUGAAUGUGGAGAGGCUGAAGCAGAAGAUCUUCAUUCUCCAAGGACAGCUGGACAGAUUCAAGCUGGGGAAUGAAGGCCUGAGAACAGGCUGGCCUGGAAGCAGCGAAGCACAUCUUAGGCUUCACCAGGCAAAACCCCCACAAGCUCAUAAUAGCCAAAGAUGGCUCCCUCAGGCAUCUCCUGCCUCAGGAAUGCUGCCCAUUGUUGCUGAGGUCCUUGAAUCUACCAGAAAAAUUCUCAAAUUUUAAGCAGAGAAAGAUCUAUGA